AUGCACGUUAAAACCGUUCACGAGCCCGGGAUUCCACGACCAGGAUGCCCCGUGCCAGCCGUCCAAAAGCAAGAGACGUUCAAGUGCCGUGAUUGUGGGAAAGAGUUUUUGCGAUUCUACGAUAUGAAUAGACACAAACUCACGCAUUCCAACAAAAAACCCCACAAAUGCCAGCGCUGUGGACGCAGUUUUGCCAGAGCAGACGCCCUAAUGAGGCAUCAAAGGCCAGAAAAUGGUUGUCAUAGAAGAUUUAUGGAGGAGGUCGAGGCGGCCAAAAACAAGGUCAUUCUUAAGGUGUCAGGCCACCUGUCUGCCCAACGACCAGAACUAAUAGGCCCCGAGUUCGUCCCCAUUGUUCCUCAUCAAUCAGGCAACCAAAAUACCGCCAUUGGGCCAUCAACAUUGCCCACAGCCGUGGGUGCUUCCCUGCCCAUGCCUGAACUGUCAGGUAGGUUGCCGCCACCUGCCGCCCCACCCACUGCAGCAGGUCCUGCAAUGGGACCAGGAGACGGCAUUUCCAUGCCGACAACAAACGCGUGGCAAAUAAUCCAGGAGCUCACGUCGAGAAUAAACGUUUUGGAAAUGCGACUCUCUCAGCAGGACUCGCGACUAGCCUUUUUGGAGUACCAUCAUCAGAAGGCUGCGACCGCCCCGCCACAACCACAACCGGCGGUGGCGCCAUCACAACCACCACCACUUCAGUCAUCCCCCCAACCCUAG